GACCAAUUUGCAUAUCUUACGCUCAUCAUCCGCUUCUCUUCUUUGAUUCUCUACCACAUGCCCCUACCCAUCAACAAUCAUUAAUCGAACGGAACUUGAGUGGACGAUUGACAAUCAAUAGCUUGUCUAAAGAUGUCACGCGUUUCACGAUCACGUCCACGAUUACACAACUUUAGCGAAUCAGACAUUUCGAUCAAUAGUGCUAAUGAUGAUCAAGAUCAAUUUGAAAAUUCUGCUGCUACCUCUAAUCAUGUCAUUGAUGCAGAUGAGGGAGAAGACGGAUAUCAACAUGGAGGCAAGGAACAGCAAAGAAUGCCUUUAAAGUCUACUUUAUUGACCGAUCAAGGACCAGGCGGUAGCGGUAGAAGAAAAAUGAGACAAUCCAGAAAUCCAAUCCCUGAUACUUUAUGGGAUAAUGACCGUAUGCUCAAAAGUCAAAACAAUAAUCUCAUGUCCCUAGAUCGAAAAUCGAUGGCAAGAAUGGAUGCAACACUCAGUACACAAAGGUCCGACUCUAUACUGGACGAUAUGCGACAUGAUGAAAUGAUGAAUAGGAAAGAUGCCAGUAUGAUUGACGGUGUAGGUCAAGGUCAUUAUCGUCGCACUGGAGGUGGAAAAGCAGCUGAGGAGAUCAGAUUGGGACUCAAUCAACAUCAAUUCGUACAUCCAUCUCCCGGUCCUGCUGCUCGGUAUGGCCAGCUUCGUCAAUCUGCGAUGCCUUCCAUUCUACGCAAUCACGAUAUUCACCCUGAAAGUGCUGACGAUAGCGACAGUGCAAUCGAAUCAAGUAGCAAUUCAAGCGAAGCAACAGAUGUACCGGACGUAUUUCAUCGCGCAAAACGAUCAAUUGGAAAUUCUACUGGAAAUCAUCAAGGGUUCAUGAGAAGUCCACAAUUAUCAAAGAAUGCCGAUGCUGCUCCACGACCUAAGCUACCGUAUAGAUGGAAAGACAAAUUGGGCGAACUUCAUGGCCCAUCUGAUGCGAUUGCUGCGGAUAGCAGAAAGCAUGACAUUGGUACAUUCCCAUCUACUGUUCGUCCACCACGUUCUGAUUCGGCAAGUAAUGAAAGUGGUUUUGCUGCAGGCUCCAAUCGUAAAGUUAGUAGCGGAUCUUCCAAAGGCAAAGAAGCUGAAGCUAGUACUUCUGGUGCUACUUUAGUGAACGAACAGAACUACUUCGCAAACGCUUCUCACUUUCGCCUUCCGUCCGGUCAAAGGAUGGGCAAAGGCGUCCCUUCAAGCGGCUUCUCCCUGCCUGCAGACCUGACGGGAAUGAGUAUGGCAUUGGAAUCUCCUGUGAAAACAAGACAAGGUGUAGAACACCGACCAAUCGUACCAGAGACCGUUCAGGCAUUCGCAGCGACCACAGUACAAGAGCGCGAACGUGGAUUUAAUGGAUUAAAAUCGUACAUCAAAUACAUUGAAGACAAAGUGGAUAAAGUGGAAGAUUCAUUUGCAAACGAAUUGGGAAGCUUGAAAAGCGAAUGGAAAGUUUGGAAAGAGACUCAGCAUGAUGUGAAAGCGGAAAGAGAUUUGCAACAUCACAACGGCGAGGCACAUCAUGCACUUUUAGAGCAAGAUAAUGUCGAUGGAGAUGCAACAAUUCAUUACCGCUCAUCAUUGGCAAAUGUUCGUAAAAUGGCUUCUGAUAUCGGAGAUUCGAUGGAAGAUCAUCGUGCAACCCUGGCUAAAUUACGCAAAAAAGAACAAGACCUUUUGGCUCGUGAGUCAUUGCGCUCAAAGAGAGCAGCGCAGAUUGACAGACAUGACGAAGAUAAGGACGAUGUUGAUUUGGAUUCCCUCCGCUCACAAGUGGAAGCUGCUUCGCGAGAGGUGAACCGGCUCAAGAUCAUCAUUGACCGACAAGGUAGGGCUAAAGAGGUUCUUUCUGCCAGCUCUCCCAUUAAGCCUUCUUCACGCUCUCGUCCAACCAAGAUCGGCGGUGGGAAUCCAUUUGUGCAACAAAGAAAGAUCUCUGAAGAGCUUAAAAAACAAAACGCACCGGCUGCUCCUUCAGAAUACGAUGACGGCUUUGGACAAGCACCUAAGCAACGCUCAAGCUCAGGUCAUGGAUCUGAUAGACACAUUGAAGAAGAUUUUGUCGUUGAUGAAGUGGACGAACAACCUGCAGACCUACACAGGAGUCGUCUUGAUGAGGUAGAAGAUGUCAGCAUGAUCGCCGAAAAGCGAGCAGAGAGGGCAAGUGAAAAAGUGAUUGAUGCAAGAUCGAUUGCCCAUGAUGCAGAGAGCUGCACAUGUUGUGCCCGUCAAGACGAAAAUAAGCGUCGCAAAGAUGCUAGAAAGAUGAAAGCUCUUAGUCAAUGGAAGAAAGAAGACCCGAAAACUACACGAUCUCGCUCUUAUUCUGCUGCUACGUAUGUCAAUCCACAAGAGGAUGAUCUGUCAGCUCAAGCUCUAUUGGAAGAGAUUAUGGUUGAUUUGGAAAACCAUGCUGAGUUUCGACUGCCUCCUGCGCUGAUCCAAUUGGCAAACAAGCAACGUUCUUUACUCGAAUGGACCAUCAAGGCAGAAAUGGACGAAUUUUACCAUGCAAAGAGAAACUAUUGCGAUUUAGCAGACGAACUCAAAUCUUUCAGUCCGGACAUUUCAGCUGCCAGAAGAAGGAUCUUGGCCGAUCACGUAUUGAUAGCCGUUGAAAAUUUAGAACUUCGUGCAAACAGGGUUGAUCGAUUGCGUGCAGCUUUGGCAGCCGCUUUGCCUGCAGGCGUUUUGGACGGCCAGAACGAUCAAUUUGACGAAUCUUUGCAAAAGCGUACCCGCAAACAUCACACAAGACCACGUAACAGUCCACCAAUAGUGGAUAAAGCACUUCAUUCGCAUCACACGGACGCUUUCAGACAUUUAGAUGUCUGAUUUAUACCUUGUACAUUAUUAUCUCUCACAUUUCAUCACUUUGUACUCUUACUUUAUUCAUUUACAGAACAACGC